CCAUUUCUAAGCUGCUUACAUUGGCUGUGUCUUUACAUUAAAACAAAGAUAUUAUUACAAAAAAUGGGUCGAUUCCAUACUCAAAAUUACGAACUGUCGAUUAAGUCUAGAACUGAAUUAAGAAUAUUGUUUAAAAAAAACUGCAAGGUAAUAUUUUAUUGAUCUCUGCCAGCUGAAACGAUCGGUAACCAUCGAAAAACUUUGUUGAAUUCGUCGUCCAUCUUGAGCCUAGAAACAGUUAUUUUUUUACUUAAAAGUCAAGUCAUUCCUGUUCCAAAUUUCCGAUUAACAGGACUUUAAUGUCGUUAGGAUAAUUUUGAGCCAAAAUUUCGUUGAAUCCGUUGAGCGUAAUCCAUCGAUUUUCUUUUUACUUCCUACUAUAACCACGUGAUCUUGAGUCAGCAGUGGAUCUUUUCUUGUAUAAUGGAAUACGAACAAGGUGAGCCUUACUGCCCCAGAGGCAAUCCGCCUUUUCGGCAAAAUUACGUUUCGAUAAGAAAUAAAAAGGGGAAGAUGAGCGAUGCGUCUGAACAGGUUGUCGAUGAAAAGGGGCAUCCGGUACGAACUCGGGUUUUCCAACACGCAGCUGAGGGUGACCGGAGACGCCAAGACGGUGACUACGUCAGCAACGAAAGGGACCUCCACUCCAACGGGGGAUUUACCCUCUACUCGCCCUUGACUGAAAUUAAAUCGGACGAUUUCUCAAGGCAGUGGGUCCAUGGCCAGCCGACUGGACAUUACUCGGUGUCAAACAUCAGCAAAAGAGAAGAGGAUUCCCUUUUGCAUGGCCAUUUGUGCUCUGUUAGAAGCUUACCCCGGCAAGAAGUCGACAACUUUGCGUUUUCGAACGCUCUGAAGAACUCCGGGAAAAGCCGACCUAGACACGUCAGGAGGCUGAAUGAAGAUCACGACUUCGAUGCCGACGGCGCUGCAGUUAAAAAUACAACGACACGCUACGGUCCCCCACUGAGCGGCAAGAGGGAGGUCACGCGGGACGCUAAACGUCGUUUGACGCCUCACGACAACAACUGGGAUCAGGCGCCGGUUCACGUGAAGACGCAAGACACCUACGCCAUCAGCACCAAAAACGGAGUUCUGCGCAUGAUUAGUCCAGUGAAUCGACCAAGCCCAGUGAAACAGCCCAGCCCUAAGAAAAGCACCGGCCAGAAGGCGUACGGUAUCAGUAAGAUGCAAAAAGAGGCGGCGUUUCAGGAAAGAAAUGUGCCACCACCGACCAUCUUGGAGGAUAGGGGGCUAGACUCUUGCCAAACAUCAAACAGCCGCCCGAGCGAUACGAUAGAGCAGAUCACGUGCACGCACGAUAACAAGAGGGUCGUUCAAGAGCUGAGAGAAUUUAAUCGGGUUUUCAGAGAUGACGUCCAGGAGGUCGGGGGCCAGUCUGAUGACGGGAAGUUCCAGGAUCACGAAGAGGGUCGCAACGGGAGAGAUCACUACAAGGCGUUGUUGAAACGAGAACCAAGACCGAUCACUGACGGAAACGAGGAGACCUCGCAGUUCAAGCCCACCAGCACCGGAGUCAGGAGGAGCUUUGAUAAUAUUCCUGAGCGGCUGGGUGAUUCCGAGAAGAUGAGGUCUUGUAGCGUUAGAGACAUCAUUAGCGAAACCAAAGACGCGCUGCACAGCAGGCCGUCCACGAUUGACGCCUGUCGUAACGAAGGGGCAAGGGCACAUUGGACUUGCACCAAGUGGGUCGACAAGAUGACCACUCACGUCCCGAACUCUACAGGCUGGACGUGCGAGGUCUAUUCCGCCACGUGCGUAAAUGACGCCGAUGUUGGCAUGGCAACAACGGACCAGUACAAGUCUUACAUCGACGCCAGAAAAAACCUGGCUGCCAGGGAGAACAAUCUGGCGAAGAUUGAGAAAUUGCUGAGUCACUCGGUGGAUGACAAUGAAGAUUUCGAGCGUUCAUCGGACGACGAGCUCGCGGCGACGAUGGAGCUCGAGAAGAAAAAGCCAAUCAGCCUCAGGCGCGGCAAAGGGAGAUACGAGAAUGCGCCGAACGAUCCCCCGACACACAAUGGCGAGCUUUCCCUGCACCAUCAAAUGAGCAGCGACGACAACAACAUCACCGGCAGGAACAAGACGUACGAGCACGCCCUCCAGGAUGACGACGACGACGAUAUGCUCAAGUACAAGCCGAAGAUCGUCAAAAAGAAACACAAGCACAAAAUCGGUGGAAGAAAUGGCGAGCGGCGAAGACUGUUUGGCUACAAGAUGAAGGGCAAGAGUUUAAGCCACGAGGAAGAGCAGCACCUGAUCCUUACGGGCAUGCCACGAUCUGAGAGCGGCCACGACAUUCGGCAGGCCGUCAACCGCCCGGUACGUCUGUCCCAGAUGCCGGAUGCGUUUUUCGAGCAGGCGUCCACGGAGCCAGCCAGGAAGUUCAGCACGCGGCUCGUCGAGAACAAUCUCUGCAACGUGCCCAAAAACGCCGGCUGCAAUAUGAACGAAACCGUCGUGUGGGACAUCCUCCCCGACGGCAAGUGCAAAGUUAUCGCCGCAGCCGACAACGACGACGGCAGCAAGCCGAAAGCCGAAAUCCUUCAGCAGGACCGGGCAAAAUCUGGCGGGGUGGUCGAAGCCGGUCCUACGGGGAACACCGAGUCAUCCCCCGGCAGGGUCACGAGUAUGUUCAAAAGCGCCUACGAGAAGUUAAACCCGUUCGCUUAUUACUUCGGUUUGAAAAAACCCGCGAAGUCGAACGUAGAGGAAUUGUUUGGCGGCGAGGAAAACGCCAGUGGGAGCGGAAACAAAGUGGUCGAAGUUCCGGUUACGCGGCUUUUCAUGGCCGAAGAUAAGGACUCGGUGUUCGCCAAUUUGAAAGGCUCCACUGACGACUAUGAGGCUUACGAGCUCUACAAGAGGGCCAGAAAGCAGUACGAGAAGGAGCAGGCGCAGAGAGACAGCGAGUUCGAUAUAGAAGACGUCCCUGUGGAUAAAAAGGCUAUCCCGGAGGACGAAAAUGUCGAGAAGACCGGAAGGCUCGUCGACGAGUCGGUACAAACUACGGAAACGCACGAUAACACGACCGCUCAACCGAGCAGUCCACCGGUACCGAUCAGUCCGCCGGUACCGAGCAGUGCACCGGCGGACGCGAAAGCCGAGUUGAAGGCAGACGAGCAGGCUUAUUAUUCUACAACACACUACAUAAAGCGAUCUACUCUUGUUCCCGGCCAAAGUAGUCCCGAAAGCGACCCCCCGUUUUCCGUUGAUGACACUUUCGUUGAGCCGCGAAGUGUGAAGGCGGUCAAGUCGGUACAGGAGAGCCCCGCAAAGCGAAAGAAAUCGAAAACCAGAAAAUCGCCAAGGUCACACAGCAAGGGUUCCAGACAGUCGGCGUCCGAUCUCAACGUCAUCGACAGCAAACGAGCGACCAGAAAGAGGAAACAUCGCUUUUCGAGAUCCGAUCCGAGGCAGGCGAUGCCCUCGGGGGACCAAGACAGACACAAGCUGUCACUUCUCAAAAGCGGGCCGCGUGAGAGGUCCCCCGGGGAUACGAGCUCGAGUGGAGACUCUGUCGGCUCUCCGCGGAGGCGUGUGAACCGCUCGCUGUCUGAGACGUUUGACUCGCCGAUGAAAUGCAAAAAGGUGACAAAAUCCGGUAAAGCUAAGCCGGUGGGUUCCGGGCACGCGAGAGACAGGCUCGAUGCAGAGCAAAGGAAAAGCGCAACGCGAUCAUCGAGCAGAGGGAACAAAACCAGCAAGGUUGUAAAUCAAAAACAACAACAAAAGCAGCAUGUUGAAGAUAAUUUGACACCGCAGUCCCGGGAAUUCCUCGGGAAAAGGUCAAGGGCUAAAUCCGGCGUUAGGAAGAGGGACAACAGUGGCACGGACACCGAUCCGUACAGCAGUCUCAACACCACAGAGCUGAAUUCAUCCAUCAUGAGACUUUACGAGGAGAUCCACAAGCUGAAACGUCAGCUGGAGUCAGUGGACGACGCUUUUCUCCAGUCGACUCCGAGGAGUAUGGAACGUGGUACGCCUGAGUCUCGGCUAGUCUUCUCCCCAAAGUCUACGCCAGAGAUGAUGCCCAGAUCCGCGGACUCGGAGGGGGAUUCUCACUUUUCAGACUCGCCCACCCCCAGACUGACGCCCCGAACCGUUGAAAGUACCUGCCGAGAAUGUCCAUUGAUACAUUCGGACAUGGUGGACAACACGAAGACCAGGGACAGCAAGCAGUUCAAAGUUCAUAAGAGUGACCGCGAGUCGCAAAACUUGAGAGUUGCGUCCAGCAGAAAGCGGUCUCCGAAACUUCUCAACCAGAACGAAAAUGACGAGGACAAUUCAACGCAGCACCAGCAGAGCCUCAAGUGCCGUCCUGAUUCCCCAGAGAAGCUGCGGUUCAAAUCCGUGCCUCAGAACACGAUCUCCCUCAACAAAAUCAGCAGCCCGCUAAAGAUGGCCGGGCCGUGCUGGGGAUGUUGGAAAAACAAACACUUCAACUCCGGCAAUAAACGCUACACCAAGGCCAAAGGCGAGCUGUUCCAAGCUCACGGGCCACCGGGAUCCGAAGACGCGUGGAGCAAAAUGGAGAGCGGCGGGAUGGUCAGCGACAAUCGAAAUGACGAAGACACGUGGGAGGAAACGGACUCGGAGCUGAGGGGAAGCAAUGAAGCUACACCAAAAUUCAACGGACGAUCAACGCUCCAGUCCAGUCGUGUUGCAAGUGUAGGAAGCUCUUCUGAUAACCACGGCAGCGUGAAAUUCAGAGAAUCUGUCAAGUCUGAUGAGUCGGUCUGCAGCUGGCGUUCGCCGAUGGAGGCAUUUGGUGAAGACUACGAGCCAAAACCAAGCCUCAGCGACAAGAAGGUGAAUCAAGCCACCCGGGAGGAUAUUGAAAAAAUGGUCGACGAUGUCCACCUGCUGUGGACCUCGGCGUCCAGUCGUGUCCGUGAGACACCCUUGGGAUGCGAAGAGUCGAUUCCAACUCGGACCUGUUCGUCUGGCGACACGGCGUACGCCCUCAGUAAUAAUUGCUCGGACAGAGGAGGUUUGUCCGGCUUUAGAAACCCACCGGGCGACACAACGUCGGCCUCAAAGUAUUCAAGCGGAGAAACUAUGUCCUUCGCCAGCCCGGACCAGCUGAGUACAGACUCGACCCCUCUUUAUGUUGAUAGGCGCUCUGAUGACGGCGAUUCUUCAAUCCAGACGAAGCACUCUAGCCAACAGAAGGAUAUCGAAUCACGGCUCUGUUCACAUUCGGUGCAAGAAGAUUUAGGACGAGUAAAGCAGUGCAGCAACACAGUAGGAGUGGGCGAACUCAUGAAGACUGCGCAUUCUUUCGCGUGCGUAACGCAUUUAGUGUCGCCUUCCGAUGCAAGACAGAACUUUGGUGAUGCGUGUUCCCGAAACUGCUGUUCACCUGGGUCACUAAUUCAACAGGCCCUAGGCGGUGCUCCCCGACAGGCCCUCGUUCAAGAAUGUGCCCACAGGGUUAACUCUGGCCAGCCGACUUCCUCCGAUGCCCUUGACAAAAUUCAGGCCAAUAAAAAACUGUCCGAGUUUUUUCAGGGCAAAGAUGGGAAAGCAAGUGAUUCUGAAACUAAGCUUAACCCAAACCCCACAUAUUUUAACAGAAAACAGUUGAUACCGCAGAGCAUUGUUUGCCGAAAGAUGAAGCUGUUUGGUUCGAACCAAGAGGCGCCGCUGAGAUUUUAUACCGCCUCGGUCCUCAAAUAUCCAGGAGAGAACAACAACCCACAAAGAAGGGUUACCAGCACGACGAAGUCGAAAAAUCCCAACUUCCCCGAGAAGCGCCCGAGAAAGGAAUCUGCCAGCAGCUCCGAAAAAGCAACACAAGUCGAGAUUAGCGAGCAGACUUCAAAUAAGAAACAAAAGCCAAAUCCAGGACCCGUGAUCUCAAAUUAUGAACAUACAGCUCCAAAAGUCACCACUCAAACGUCUCGGGGUGGCUCUCAGAAUGGAACACAGGUGUCUGCACGCCAGAAUGCCAAGAAUGCCGUGAGCGGCACUGAAAGAAACGUGGAUGGGAGCAGAAAGCAGCAGGUGAAUAAUCACGAACAGUCAGGUGUGGAAGAAAAUAAAUACCGCCAAACUAAUAGUACCGAGCGCUACGUGCUGAAGGAGGAAACGACAAAACGUGAGAGACAGUAUGCUGAGACCCCCUACGAGAAGAUCAUGGAGCUCAUCAUCGACAAGAGCGGUCAUCAAAAUCCAAAGAACUCCGACAAGAAAGCGAAGAACGUGGCGGAAAGUCCCGAGCCCACUUACCGCAUUGAGAUCACCAAAUCUCCGACCAAGGGAGCCAUAAGAAAAGUUUUCGAGCCAGACGAAAACUACUCAGAGUUCAAAGAAAGAAACGCCGGCGAAAUCCCGACCCCGAAGUCGGUAUCCCACACCCUGUGUUCGAUGGAGGAAGAUCCGUCAGAGUUGAUCCAGUCAAACAGCGACGAUACUUUCCAGUAUUCUAACGUGAACGCCCCGACGUACAACAGAAAGCUGAAGAACGGAGAUGACAUGUACGAGGAGACAGCUCAAAGACAGGGAUCGGACUCUGGGCUGAGCCGGGAGAGUAAGAUCAGAACGAAGCCACGAGAAAAAAAUACGCCACAGCAAUCCAACGGGAAGAAUAUAACGUUGAGCAUUUCAGGCUUGGACGAACCCGAACAUAGGAAACUAUCAGCCGGAGAUUAUUCGUCCCAAACAACAGAAGACUUCUCCAAGAAAGGGAUCAAGUUGGACCCCGACAAAGGGAUCAAACUAGAGUACCCCGAGCAAGGCAUUCAACUUCAAGUGCACAUGUACGAGAGAUACCCAGAACCGCAAACAGAGUUCAAUACGGCCCCGAAGGUUUGUCAGUCUGAUGGGCGGUACAAGGGACAAUACCUGAAUAAUCAUGACUGCAAGGUCACUAGUGGAUCAUUCAACGGUCAGUCCACGACCAACAUGACCAAAAACGAUCCCCGCGAGAUGGAGUUAAAAGAUGAAACUUUCGACCGCAUGGAGUUUAUUCCCACUAAGCUGGUCAAGCCUAAAAGUUAUAGGAUACAAAACAUUGAUCCCCUGGUCAGCAAACACCAGGGCUUAGACUGCGUGAACCAUACUUUCCCACACGUCACAGUGAGCGCCGAUACCCGAGGGAGUACCGAAAGCUUUGAUGAUGGCGGUAAGCACGCGUCGGGGGCCAGAACGUCUCAGGCGUCGACCAGCGGAGGAUCCGAGCUGAGCGUCGACGAAAGUUUCAGAAAAUUUCAAGACAGCACCGUGAGCGAAUCAGGAUCUGGAUUCCUUCCCCGGGGAUCGGGAGAUCAGAGGAGCCUCAGCCCGGCUUCUUCCAAAGACUGGCGCAGGCUGUGGUGCGAUACGGUUAUUGAAGCGGACGUCUCGCCCGACUCUAUGCCCGCUCCCAGUAAACCGCAGCGAACCCGAUUGAGGUCGCAUAAAAAACACGUAGCACACGCGGGUGGCGAAAAGGCGAGAAGAGAGCCGCCGAUCCCCAGAGGCGUGAGCAACGAUUUCCUGCAGUACGAAACGGGGACCGCCAACAACAACUCCAACGUGACGCCUUCGUCUGAAGACGACAAGGAGAAACACGAGGACUCCCCUGAAGUGAACACCAAAGAGAGCGCCAAGACACCCAGCAAUGAAUCCAGCAGCGAAUUCUUAAGCAUCUUACCCCAAAAUUUAUCUUACAUAUCCGGCAGAAAAACGAGACGCUGGGCCACAAGUCGGGGGCGGGUUUCCCCUUUAUGCAGCCGGCAAAGUAUCGCAUCGCUCAACCUGGUCGACUGUGUCAAGGAUAUGUUUUUCCAGUCUCACAGGCCGGACGUUAGCAACGCCCAAGGCGAGUCAAAGACACACGCUUGUCCACCGCAGCGGACUCCUCGAAAGCUGUACGCCAAAUCUAUGGACGGCGAUGGCACCUUAGAUUACAGCAUUUCAGCAUCUAGCUUUGAGGAGGCAAUCAAUGGGGGGUAUAUUGAAAAACGGAGAUCGGCGAAGAAGGUCACGUACGAAUUGGAGAAUGGACAGGACGCGCUGAGCACCACCCCUUCACAGUGCACAAACUACAAAACGAAAUCUGAGCAGUCUAAAACACAAACGACGUCACUAAGCCAGGGCGCGGUCAAGAUGAGCGCCCGGUCUCACUUGGGAGAGCGUCACUCUUCUGAGACUGCGUUAUCCGACUAUACCGCGCCCUACGGCCUGGGUCACGGUACGAACAGCUGCACUUCGCAGCACACGAAGGUGUGCAUAGCAAGUGAGCUGAGCCAGUGCAGCCAUUUAAAGGAGCGGAGUGCACUAGUUAAAUCCAACGGCCUACUUACACCGGACGACAAUUGGGCAGUCGGCGAGAGGAUCCCGCUGCCCUUCCAACAGGCUGAAGACUCCAACAAGGUUCUGACGCAUUACUCUGACGCCAUAAAGAAGAGAAACAAACGAAACAACGCCAGCGAGUCGGUGAGUCAGCCGUUGUACACGGACCAGUACAACAUUGGUCGCUGGAACAGCGACUGCAAAGAUCUCGACACCGACGGCUUAGGUCCCAAAGACUCGUACAGGGUUUCACCUGUCUUCAGCCCGUUCGGCUUCAAGUCGGACUCUGACAACGGCCGAGACAGCCGGUUGUCUGGCGGCUCAUAUUACCAAGACCCCGGCAGUAAUAUCAUGUCAUCCUUUGAGCAGAUGAUGCAGGACAAACGGCCGUGCUACGCCGAGCAGUGCGGGUUCCGAACCAAAGCUCACCACAAGAGGAGCGCGGCUCCCGGAAACAGAUGUUUCAGCGGGGAGUUGAGAACCACGCCGUGUCUGGGAAUCCCCGCUAACACCGGGAUCUCACCUGACGGCGGCAUCAAACUUGACAGGUGCUCGAACGAAACGGUCGAUGAUUCCCAAAACUGCACAUCUGCAACAAGUGAAAAGUGGGACGAAGAUAUAAGAGGAGAGAAUUGCCUGGACACGAGUGUUCACAACAUUGAUGAGGACGUCACCAUGUUGAAGGGAAGCUUGUCAUUUUCAGAGGCGGCGAUGGCCCUCGGGGGCCUAAAUCAGGGAAACGCUGCUGCCAAUAACAACGGAAUGGGCAAUGCGGUCUUCUUCGGUAAUGACGGGGAAGAAAGCGAGACUGAUGACGAGGAGAUAGAGGUGAGCGUCAAAGACAACGAGAACGAUGAUUGGGAGCAUGCCGCGGUGGAGAGACGAGAUGACGGAAGCGAACAAGAGAUCGAAGGUCAAGGAUACGAGCAGGAUCCUGAAGGCAUUUCGGGAAGCGAAGUUAACGUCGGAGAGUCCGAUAGCUUCAACAACGAUGCCAAAUGUUCGGAGGACGGCAGUUGUGACAGCGAUGGGAGCUGUGACAGCUGCGACACCUGCGACAGCGAUGGCAGCUCCGAUAGUGAUGGUAGUUGUUGCGCCAACGACGAAAGCAGUGACAACGGUGUCGGCUGCAACAACGACGACUGCGUGAACGACGCUAGCUGUGACAACGAAGGCAGCUGCGACGGCGAUGGAAGCUGCGACAGCGAUGGAAGCUGUGACAGCGAUGGAAGCCGUGAUUGUAAGGGAGAUAAUAAUGAAGCCGCACGUCAAAGUGAUGACGCGGCGUUUGAAGAUGAGUUUUAAAAUUAACCGGCCAUUUUAACCGGUCCAUUUACCGGCCAUUUUAACCGGCCCAUUAACCGGCCAUUUUAACCGGUCCAUUUACCGGCCAUUUUAACCGGCCAAUUAACCGGCAAUUUUAACCGGUCCAUUUACCGGCCCCUUUAGCCGAAAUAUUUACCGGUCCUAUUAACAGCAGCACAAUUUAAAAAAAAAAAAUAAAAAUAAUGUCUAUAAUCAAGGUAAAUACAUGACCUUGACCUUUGCUACCCGGAAGGAAUGCAACAAAACCAAUCAAAGGUAUAGAGAAGAGAAUAAAGAGACAGCCACACGGAAAGAGCGGAACAAGCAAAGCAAUCAAACAAUUCAGCAUAGUUUAUAUGAGUGACCAUCUGUACAAGGUCAUCGUAUGCAC